AAGGACAUUUUCCUGUCGUUAAAGGGUGAGAUACAUUUUUAAAACCAGUGAUUUAAUUCCAAAAUAUUUAGUACAAACUUUUUAAAGACGUGUUAGAAUUAAUUACCAAAUUGUACUACUAUUUAAACAUGCAUCAUUAGUGUUUUAUGUAAAAACAUUGGAGGCCUACAGUUGUACCGCACACUCACGCACGCACCCUGAUUUUCUGUGUCUUUUUUCUUCGUGACAGACCGGGGUGGUGGAUGGAAAGGACAUUUUCCUGUCAUUAAAGGAUAAAGGGUCCGGUUAGCCCUGACCAUUAUCCGUUUCCAAUUCACCAACGCAGGCGCUUGCCCGAUCCAUCAAAACUCCGCGUCAGUGCUCUAAAAUGAGUCUCUCUGGGAAGAGAGAGGAGGGACCUGCCUCUAAAAGGCGUCUCUCUGGGGAGAGAGAGGAGGGGGGACCUGCCUCUAAAAGGCGUCUCUCUGGGGAGAGAGAGGAGGGGGGCCCUGCCUCUAAAAUGUGUCUCUCUGGGGAACAUGACACCAAAGCUAAGAGCCCAAUCCAGCAGGAGAGACCAGCCUCCCCUGUUCCCAGCUGUGUGUCCAUGAAGAGUGACCAGUCUAUGAGUCCUCCUAUAUCCUUUAGAGAGGGAGACCUUUCUACUGAACAAAGAAACCAACGGGAGAGAUCAGAGUCAGAGAUUCUCAGUGGUCAGUCUUCCCAGAGUCAUCAAACAGACCUGGCCUCCAUAUUCAGUUUGCUUGAAGAGAAUAUGAUGACAUUUGUGAAGAACGAGCUGAAGAGGUUCAAGAGGAUUCUUAGUCCAGAACUCCCAGAAGGCUUUGAGAGUCAGAAGCAGGAUAAGGAAGUGGUGGACCCUGAAGAUGAGCAGCAGGAGAGCAGUGCCAGAGAGGGGGCUCUGAAGAUCACACUGCACAUCCUGAGGAAAAUGAACCAGAAGGAGCUUGCUGACACACUGGAGAAAUAUGAGCUUGCUGUGAUUUGCCAACGUGAACUCAAAUCUAAUCGAAAGAAGAAGUUUAAAUGUGUAUUUGAGGGGAUCGCUCAACAAGGAAACCCAACACUUCUCAAUAAGAUCUACACAGAGCUCUACAUCACAGAGGGUGGAACAGGAGAGGUCAAUAAUGAACAUGAGCUGAGACAGAUUGAGACAACAACCAGGAAACAAGCAAGACCAGAGACUGCAAUCAAAUGUAACGACAUCUUCAAACCCUUAACUGGACAAGACAAACUUAUCAGAACUGUGCUGACAAAGGGAGUCGCUGGCAUUGGAAAAACAGUCUCUGUGCAGAAGUUCAUUCUGGACUGGGCUGAAGGAAAAGCUAAUCAGGAUGUCCAAUUUGUAUUUUCAUUCCCUUUCCGGGAGCUGAAUUUGAUGAAAGGGGACAAACACACUUUCAUUGAACUUCUCAAUCACUUCUCAGUGGAAACCAAACAAUCAAAAAUCUCCAACUACAACAAGUACAAAGUUCUGUUCAUCUUUGAUGGUCUGGAUGAGUGCCGACUGCCCCUAGACUUCCAGAAUAACAAGAUCUGUUGGGACGUCACAGAGUCAACCUCAGUGGAUGUUCUGCUGACAAAUCUCAUCAAGGGAAAUCUGCUUCCCUCUGCUCUCCUCUGGAUAACUACCCGACCUGCAGCAGCCAAUAAGAUCCCUUCAGUGUGUGUUGACCAGGUGACAGAGGUACGAGGGUUCAAUGACCCACAGAAGGAGGAGUACUUCAGGAAGAGAUUCAGUGAUGAGGACCUGGCCAGCAGAAUCAUCUCACACAUAAAGACAUCAAGGAGCCUCCACAUCAUGUGCCACAUUCCAGUCUUCUGUUGGAUUUCUGCAACAGUCCUUGAACACAUGAUGAAACAUAAGAGAGAAGAGAUUCCCAAGACUCUGACUGAGAUGUACACACACCUUGUGGUGUUUCACACCAAACAGAAGAAUGAAAAGUAUCUUGGGAAAGAAGAGACAGGUCCACACUGGAAUAAAGAGAGCAUUCUGUCACUGGGAAAACUGGCUUUUCAACAGCUUGUGAAGGGCAAUCUGAUUUUCUAUGAAGAAGACCUGAAAGAGGCUGGAAUUGAUGUCAAUGAAGCCUCAGUGUACUCAGGAUUGUGCACACAGCUCUUUAAAGAGGAAUGUGGGCUGUACCAGGACAAGGUGUACUGCUUUGUUCAUCUGAGCAUUCAGGAGUUUCUGGCUGCUGUACAUGUGUUCCUCUCAUUCAUCAACAACAAUGAGAAUCUAAUGGACAAACUGCAAACAAAAGACGAGUCUGCAGUUACUUUCUACAAGAGUGCUGUGGAUAAAGCCUUACAAAGUGAGACGGGAAACCUGGACCUUUUCCUCCGCUUCCUUCUGGGCCUCUCACUGGAGUCCAAUCAGAAGCACUUACGAGGUCUACUGACAAAGACAAGAAGCAGCUCACAGAGCAAUGAAGAAACAGUCAAGUACAUCAAGGAGAAGAUCGGGGAGGAUCUCUCUCCAGAGAGGAGCAUCAAUCUGUUCCACUGUCUGAAUGAACUGAAUGACCGUUCUCUAGUGGAGGAGAUCCAAAGCUACCUGAGAUCAGGAAGUCUCUCAAAACCCAACCUGUCACCUGGACAGUGGUCAGCUCUGGUCUUUGUGUUGCUGACUUCAGAAAAGGAGCUGGAUGUGUUUGACCUGAAGAAAUACUCCAGAUCAGAGGAAGGUCUUCUGAGGCUGCUGCCAGUGGUCAAAGCCUCCAGAGCUGUUCUGCUGUCAGGCUGUGGAGUCACAGAGGAAGGCUGUGCUUCUCUGGUCUCAGCUCUGGAGUCAAACCCCUCACACCUGAGAGAGCUGGACCUGAGUAACAACGACCUGAAGGAUUCAGGAGUGAAGCUGCUCUCUGCUGGACUGGGGAAUCCCCACUGUAAACUGGAGACUCUGAGGCUGUCAGGCUGUCUAGUCACAGAGGAAGGCUGUGCUUCUCUGGUCUCAGCUCUGAGGUCAAACCCCUCACACCUGAGAGAGCUGGACCUGAGCUACAAUCACCCAGGAGACUCAGGAGUCAGACUGCUCUCUGCUGGACUGGAGGAUCCACACUGCAGACUGGAGAAACUCAAUGUGGAACAUGGUGGAGAGAACAGAAUGAAACCUGGACUUAGAAAAUAUGUCUGUGAUCUCACACUGGACCCAAACACAGUAAACAGACACCUCUCUCUGUCUGAGGAGAACAGAAAGGUGACAUGUCGGAGAGAGGAGCAGCCGUAUCCUGAUCACCCAGAGAGAUUUGAGGACUGUGAACAGUUGCUGUGUAGAGAGGGUCUGACUGGGCGCUGUUACUGGGAGGUAGAGUGGAGUGGGAGAAGGGCUGCUAUUGGAGUGACAUAUAAAGGAAUCAGCAGGAGAGGAAGGGUUAAGAACUGUUGUCUUGGAUGGAAUGACAAGUCCUGGAGUCUGUACUGCUCUGACAACCAUUACAUUGCCUGGCACAAUAAUAAUCCCACUACCAUAGACGUCCCCUCCUCCAGCUCCCACAGAGUAGGAGUGUAUCUGGACUGGCCAGCCGGCACUCUGUCCUUCUAUAGAGCCUCCUCUGACACACUGACCCACCUGAUCACAUUCACCUCCAUAUUCACUGAGCCCCUCUAUGCAGGGUUUUGGGUUUGUGAUGACUCCUCAGUGUCCCUGUAAAUAAUAACCUGACACACACACACACACACACACACACACACACACACACACACACACACACACACACACACACACACACACACACAUUGACACACACACACAUUGACACACACACACAUUGACACACACACACACACACACACACAUUGACACACACACACACACAUUGACACACACACACAAACACCCACAUUGACACACACACUUUUAAUUUUAUUUUUCAGUGUAAUAAAAAAGAUCAGUUGUAAAUGUUUUAUGUUUUAGGCCUUUUAUGGCCUUUUAUGUUUGAUAUGAUGUUAGUAACACUCUGAAGUCAUUCCAUCUGUAAUGGUGUGGUCGGAAGGAGAAUGAACUUGAUAUAAACGGAGUCGCUAAAAAAUAACUCCAAAACCAAAAUAUACAAAAAUAAUAAAAAGUGGGUACAAAACCCAUCGCGCAUCAAACAAUCUCCAACAAGGACAUGAGGGGAAAGAGAGGGUUAAAUACACAACAUGUAAUUGAUGGGAUUGAAAGCAGGUGAAACAAGGCAAAACAAAUGGAAAAUGAAAAAUGGAUCAGCGAAGCUAGAAGGUCGGUGACAUCGUCCGCCUAACAAGGCGGAAGUCGUGUCCUUUCUUUAAAGCUCUAAAGUGACUUUUUAUUGACAGAUGCCUCAUUUAAAUGUUCUGGAUGUUGAUGAAAGGAAAUCCCAUAAAGCCUUCUGGCCAGGACUUUGUUAUGACAUCUUCUGAUUGGGUGUCUCAGGUCAGGACUUUGUUAUGACAUCUUCUGAUUGGGUGUCUCAGGUCAGGACUUUGUUAUGGCAUCUUCUGAUUGGGUGUCUCAGGUCAGGGCUUUGUUAUGACAUCUUCUGAUUGGGUGUCUCAGGUCAGGACUUUGUUAUGACAUCUUCUGAUUGGGUGUCUCAGGUCAGGUCUUUGUUAUGACAUCUUCUGAUUGGGUGUCUCAGGUCAGGGCUUUGUUAUGACAUCUUCUGAUUGGGUGUCAGGUCAGGUCUGAGCCAUGAUCAGAAUGUGUCUGUCUAUUUCCAGCCCUGCCAUUUCUACCUGUCCUGAUCUAGUGUUUGACCCCUGACCUCCUCACACCGUCUCACUGUCCAUGUCUGCUUUUAGCUCCCACCUCUACUUCACUGUGUUAUAAUGGACCUUAUGCUUGUUAUGUCACCUCUGUAACCAGGUACCAAACAUACUGACCUUUCUGACCCUGUCCCAUGGUCCUACUUCACUGUGUUAUAAUGGACCUUAUGCUUGUUAUGUCACCUCUGUAACCAGUUAUCAAACAUCCUGACCUUUCUGACCCUGUCCCAUGGCCCUACUUCACUGUGUUAUAAUGGACCUUAUGCUUGUUAUGUCACUUCUGUAACCAGGUACCAAACAUACUGACCUUUCUGACCCUGUCCCAUGGCCCUACUUUCUAGAACUGAACAUUUAAAGUCCUCUGAGUUUUGUUUACUGUCCAUUUACUAAUUUAUUGAUGUAUUUGUUGUGUAUUUG